GGCUUGGAUUGGGCGAGACACCCGCCGCUAUUUUCUGGUUUUUCGUGUUUUCUUCUGAAAUUCUAAAUUCCGAGCUUUUUCCAUUAGAAAGGGGAAAGGCGGAAGAGAGGAGGGGAGGGGAGGAAGGAAGGGUGGGUUAAUUCCUCAGCUCAUUUUUUAUGUUCUUUAUUUAAUCCACACGAAUAUUUAAAAAAAAAGGCUGGUAGAUAUCUCCAUCAGAUCUACGAACCCUAUUUCCUCCCUUCCUCCUUCUGUCUAUAGGUUUUCCGGCGCCGGUUUGUGGCUCUCCGGCGCGUUUCAGCCAUGGGACUAUGGGAAGCAUUCCUCAAUUGGCUCCGAAGCCUAUUCUUCAAGCAAGAAAUGGAGCUGUCUCUUAUAGGGCUGCAGAACGCUGGGAAAACAUCCCUUGUGAAUGUCGUUGCAACCGGUGGAUACAGCGAAGACAUGAUUCCUACUGUGGGAUUCAACAUGAGGAAGGUAACAAAAGGAAAUGUUACCAUUAAAUUGUGGGAUCUUGGAGGCCAGCCAAGGUUCCGCAGCAUGUGGGAGCGUUAUUGCCGAGCUGUGUCUGCAAUUGUAUAUGUGGUUGAUGCAGCUGAUCGUGAUAACUUGACCACUUCAAGAAAUGAACUCCACGACUUAUUGAGCAAGCCUUCAUUGAGUGGCAUUCCAUUGCUUGUGCUUGGUAACAAAAUAGACAAGCCAGAAGCACUCUCAAUGCAAGGGUUGACAGAUGCAAUGGGGCUGAAGUCACUCACAGAUAGAGAAGUCCGCUGCCUCAUGAUCUCAUGCAAGAACUCGACCAACAUUGACUCUGUUAUAGAUUGGCUUGUGAAGCAUUCGAAGACGAAGAACUGAAAACGGAGUUUCCUGUAUUCAUGGGGUCAACAGCUGUUCACGUGCUUAGGUGAUUGCUUUCUUCAUUGUGUGAAUUCUUGGCUAACCAGGCUUCUGAAUGUCUGACGUGUCUCAUGCUUAUGUCAAAAUUGUCGUUGUGAUGUAUGAGUAAUAUAAGUUAAACGGUUUAGCUGGUCAAUGGCGACAUGGACACGGUUUGGUUUGUCGAAUUGUUGCUGCUUUGAGUGAAAUUGUGAAUAACAAUGGGCCGAGGGUUUGUGAUUUGUGAUGAAACCGGUUAUCGCCAAUCUGUGCCUUUUGUCUGCCUACAUAUUUCUAACUUGGUGCUUC